AUGAUCGCACGUCUCCAUCCAAAACUUUAUAAUUCACUAGAAAAAUUGCGAGACAGAGGAUUGUAAAGAAAAAGGAAACAGAUCUAGUUCUAUAAUUUGCUCAAAAGGGCCAAAUCCAAACACGCACUGAGAAAGAGUAUGGUUGAGCUUGAGCUAGGAGCCAAAAAGCUUUCGACCUUUCCCCUUCUCCCUCACCUUUUCCCUGCUUCCAACUGUAUUUUUAAACCUUGUGAUCUGUUUGCCUUUCUUUUCGCCUUUCGAGGAUCGCUUUUCCACUCGAAAGGAGGAUGUUUUCGGGCUUGAUCCACAGACCGGAAGCUUCGAUUCCACCUGAGGAGGCACACGGCCCUAGCCUGGUACUGACGGCGGACCCCAAGCCGCGUCUCCGAUGGACGGCGGACCUCCACGAGCGCUUCGUCGAUUCCGUCGCCCAGCUCGGCGGACCUGAAAAGGCAACACCAAAGGCUAUCAUGAGGACAAUGGGUGUUAAGGGACUUACUCUUUUUCACCUAAAGAGUCAUCUCCAGAAAUAUAGACUAGGAAAGCAAUCAGGCAAAGAGCUAACUGAGCAAUCAAAAGAUGUCUCCUACCUUUCAGAGAAUCCGAGCAGCAGUGCUUUGUCUCCGAGAGUGCCUACUCCUGACGUCAACGAGGGUCAAGAAGUCAAGGAGGCUUUAAGAGCACAAAUGGAAGUGCAAAGAAGACUGUUUGAGCAAGUGGAGGUUCAGAAACAUGUCCAGAUACGAAUGGACGCAUAUCAAAAGUACAUUGAUACCUUGCUAGUGAGGGCUUAUAAGAUAGCAUCAGAGCAAGUUGCUUCAAAAAGCUUCCCCGCGACUGAGCAUGAACUUCCAGACAUGCCAGUCAGAGCCAUUUGCGCCCCAUCUGACAUUUUGAGUCCUGCAGUUCUCCAUCAGUUAUCAAUGAAUUCAAUUAACAUGCCCAGCUCUAGCUGCAAGACUUUGCCGCACUCCACGAUGAAAGCCUGUUCUUUUAUCAGAAGCCAUCGGAGUUGAAAAACAAACCAUGCUGAAAUGGAGCCUGAGAUAAUUUUUGUCCUUCAUCGCCUUUUCUAUUCUUACUGAAAUGAGGAAGGCCACCAAGUUAUGUACUUGCAGUAUCAGCAAACAAAGUGUGUCGAUCCGUCUGAUAAAGCCCCUAUUAAACACUUAGAAAGUCACAUGGGGUUGAAAAUGUAUUAUUCAUCUGAGUUGAAUUUUAUGCAGGAUAGGAAUCCUAUGAGCACAAACAUUAAUCCUGUCAUAUGGUUUUUCACUGAGCGGCGGCAAGAUUACUAAUGCAGAGUUAACUGCAGGACCCACCACCGUCAACCACGUACCUAAGGAAAAUGUCUACAAAAUCUUCUUUUAUUUGGCAAUAAGGGAAGUUUUCCAAAAAUUGAGAUUGCUUUUCCUUAGCUACUUCUAUAAGGUUUUUAAAAAAAAUUUCUGAUUCAAUUUGUGAAGCGAAAAAACUUCUAGUGGGAUUUAGCGUGCAUAUGUCAUUUGGAAAUUUACUGAUUAUGUUUUACCUUCAACUCCAUAGAAUAUCUUAUUCAGAAAGAGCCAAUGUAUGAUUUGACUAUUAUACUUGAAUACAAUGCCUAUGAUGCUGCACCAAUUGUUUGGGUUGUUAUUCCAA